UACGCGUAGGAUCUAUAGGAUUCUUGUCUUUAUCAGAUAUUUUGUAUACCAACAAAUGUCAACCGAAUGGAACCCAACAAGAACAAUACACAUUUAGCAUCGCCAUCAAUAAAAUACAUAUACAAAUAGCUCGACGACGAGCAGCAACAAGUUCGUCAACUGCUCAAAGAGGAGCAUGGCUUACUUUAACAGUCGAAGGUGUCAAAGUGUCAGUUUCCUCAUUAAAGCUAGUAAUAAAUUCUCAUACUGCGCAACCAGCACCGCAACGCCAACAAAAGAGUUUGAUAACCGCCGUUCCACAAAAAGCGUGGUGGUCUUCUUUAUGGGUGUUGAAAUUUGCGAUGGCGAAAAUCUCAGUGAUCCCUUUUCAAUUUGUGCUCUCGGUUUUGACUAAUACCAUAGCAUUACAAAUUACAGAGGUGGAGGUGGUAGUAGAUGAUUUAGGACAAUUUAGAGUGGAGGGGGUGAUGUUAGACUCGAAAUUAUUCGCACAUGUUGAAAAUGAAAAUAACAACAGCAAUAAAAACAUUAAGGAGCAUUAUCAAGGAAAUUCACAUCGAGAGAAUCAUUCUAUUAAAAAUAGUCGACACAUGUUUUCAAACAAAAUCUUAAGAAUCAUGCUUACAUUUAGUACGUUAUCAAUAAUAGAUAUCGGAUCAACUUCUCGUAAGAAGUCAUUAUCAUCACCCGCUUUAUCUCUUCCAUAUUUCUCUUCAUUGACGUUGUCCUGUUUUUUAUCUCCUACGUGUAUCAGCUUAAUUUCCGUCGAACCUGAAGUUAAUAUUAAAGACAUUAAUCUUGGACUAGAUGGAAUAUUGCACUUGAUGAAUGUGAUUAAGGGUGAAUUAUCUCUAGCGAAACAAUCCUCAUCGUCUCAAAACACAUCUUUAGCACAAUUACCACCACCAAUGAAUAGUAGUAAUAGCAAUUUGCGAAAUAAGUCGUUUUCAUCAGCAUUUUUCGAUUCUUCUAUUGGUCGUAGAAUUGUCCAGCCACGAAGAAAAAAAAUUUCAAUAGAAUUUCUCAGUGCGGCCUCUAUCAAUAUCGAACAAAUAUACAUGAAAUAUGAAUAUAUUUGCUUGGAUAACGAGUUCUCUUUACCAAUUCGACUUGAACUGACAAUCGCUGAGAUUUGCACUUCUAUCAAAAAACUUGAUCAUCAUGCAAACAAUGAUAGCAUCUUUUCCUCCGGAAAUAGAAAAUCAAUUUUUUUCUCAGAAUUAUUGCCCAAAAUUUUGUCAUUUGAGUUUAAUUUCUCCUUGGCUAGUGGUUACGCGGAUUUAUUCGAUUCGGGAGGUAAAACUAGAACCUUGCACAUUGACAAAGUUGUAAAUACUAUGAAAAUCUCAAAACCAUUUGAUCAGUUUCGAGACGAUGAGGAUCCAAAUUCAUUUUCAUUCAUUGGGACUCUUGAUAUUUUGAUUCCAGAACUUUUAAUCGACUGUCAACAUCUUUCUUCUUAUUUGGUUAUUAUGAAUGCUUUGAAAAAUGAUAUAAGUUCAAAAAAUAAACCUCUUUCUGAAUUGCCAUCCAAUCCAUCUUUACCAACUUCUCCUGAAUUGCGGAAUCAGUAUUGUGAUAUUCCCAAAAUUGUGAUUACAGUUUCAAUCUUACGACCCACUCUUAAAGUCAAUAGGAUUUCAAACUUUCACAAUGAUCAAGUUCAUAAUGGCGAAAGUGAGGAUUCUUCUCUUAUAUUUGGAUUUCAAGAUAUUCUGGUGGAUUUUAAUAGUGACUAUGCCGAACUGAAUGAUCUAUCGCAAAGUAAACAGACAUCAAGACGUUAUAGCAGGGGCUGGGUCGCACCUUCUUUUUCAUUAGUUUACAAUCUGGUUGCGUGUUUGAAAACGCGAAAUAUGCGUGUGUACACACUUGAGAAUGAUUUAUUGAGCAAUCAUUCAUGGGAAAUUAACGUGGUGGCUUCUGCGCUUGGAAGUUUUCAAGCAAAUAAACCUGUCUUAGAAAAAGAGACAUUGCAGGCGGAUUUAAGUUGGUUAAUAGAUGUCCUAGAAAUCAAAUUAUGCGAUAAAAAGGACUUUAACUUAUUGAGUGACAUUUUCAAAGACAUUAAAAAUUUUAAAGAAAAUAAUGAUCACCAUUCCGUGUAUGAUUUAGAGGAAGAAAACCCUGAAAUCUUUGUUCAUCCUCCUUCACCGUCUACUGACGUGGAAAUAAUGCAAACACCAAUGAUUCCAGAAACAGUUCAGCUUCAUUUUUCACUUACAUCCAUAAAUAUAAAGAUUGCAGAAAAGGAUUCUGUAGUUGAUCCGUUGGUUUCGCGUGGUUUUGAUGUUAGUUUGCAAGCUAUCGCAUUAGAGUAUCGUGGUGCUAGAGUGUGUGAUGAUCCUACUGCUUGUCACAAAGAAAGAGCUGGUCUUGGGCUUUCUUCGAAUGAUGACAAACUCGAUUCUACAAAAGAAGAGGGUGGACAAAUAAGAGGAUUUUUGAGAGGCUUCAAAAUAAUUCCAAUACUGGCGUUAUGGGAUCUGGAGUUAUUAAAAACAACAAGACCAUUACUUAGUAUUAAGGAAAUCGAAGCACAUUGUUUAGUGUACUUAGGUUAUGAAAAACACGAUCUUAUAGUCGAAUCAAAGGUCAAAAUUGAAGAAAUCAAAUUGAAUUACUCAUUAUUCUAUCAUUAUUGUUUAUUGGUUGCUGCUAUGAAUUUGAAGCAUCUAAUAUCACCUCUGACAGCCUCGAAAACGCCAUCAAAUAAUAAAUCUGCAACUGCUUUACCAUCUUCGAAAAAUUCAUCGUCAAUUAUCAAAUUUAAAUUUGAAACUAGUUUGGGAGUCAAUUAUAUAGACAUUUUUACGGAGCUGCCCGAAAAUCUCCAUCUUUUCAUGAGAGUCGAUAAAUUAAAUUACAGAUUUGCAUCUGCUUCAAUCGAUCACAGAGUCAAUAUAGAAAGAAUUCGCACUUUCGGCAUUAGUCCCUCGAAUAGUACACUAUGGGAUGAACUUUUGAAUCUCACUGAUAUACGUAUCCUGAUAUUAGAUCUUCUUAACAAGAAACAUUCCGAAAAAACAAUACGAUUUCAUUCUGAAUCCGCGCACGUUCGUAUUCCAUUCAAUUACAUAAUGGCCGAUAUUUUAGAUAAUACCGGGAACUUAGUGAAAUCCAUAAAGACAUUACAUCAAAGAUUAAUUCUUGAUAAAGAAAAUAUUUCUUUUGAACCGGAGGAAGAAGGACCAAUUAGUCUGCCGACUUUACAGUUCAAAAUUGAGAUUUUGAUAUUUAAAUUGGAAGACGAUCCGUUUGAAGGUCGAUUAGGGCUAAUAUGGAAAAUUGGUGAAAUAGAGCAGAGAUCUAGGAUAGAAAGAGAUGCUGCGUUUGAUGCAAAAGUUGAAUCGAUUAAAGCUCACGAACCACAGAAGCAAUCUAAUGUCGAGAGAAGACGAAAUUCGAUUGACAGUAGCAUUAGUAGUAAUUCAUCUAAUUAUGGUUCAAGUUCGGGAACUAUUGAAUUAAAUGAUGGAUCAGACUCGAAUGUUAAAAAAUCACGAUUAAAUUUGCGCACGCAACCUUCUCCUCGAGCUAAUAUUAGUAUUGAAAAGGCGCGGUUUGCACUGGACGAGUAUAACUCGCGGAACUGGAUUAAACGCGUCAAAGCAGCUGACGAAACGCAUACCUCAUCAUCACCGCCAUCUUUAUUAAAAGUCACCAUUGAAAGAGCAUUAAUCACACUUUCGACUCCAUCAUUUCCUAUGGAACAGCUUCCACAAUUUAUGCACAAAAUCGGAAAAGGAUUACCAUUAGAUACUAAAUUCACACUUUUAGUCCCGAUGCAUUUGAACUGCAAACUAAAAGAAGCAUGGGUACAAAUAAGAGACUAUCCCACUCCUUUAGCACAUCUUCCUUCAAUGGAAUCCUUCGAAGCUAAAAAAUUGUACUCAUCGUUAUUUGAUGGAGAUCUUGUUAUAGGAGAGGAACUUCGCGGGAUAGAAGUUGUUCGAAAGGCUACUGUCACCGUUGUUCCUGCUCAAUAUAAUGGAUCCGGUGGAAUUCACAGUAUUCUGGUGCCUAGGACAUGUUCACCCGUAAAAAUAUAUUCUGAUUUGAAUAUUCAUAUAAAUUCCACUCAUACUACAGUAUUUUCAUGGGGAAUAUCUAUGCAACCUGCAAUAUUGGAUAUUGCAAGGAUAUUUGAAACUUUUACGAAACCAAGUCCAGAUCCUUCGGAAUUGGUCGGAUUCUGGGAUAAACUUCGAUUGAUGAUGCAUAUCCGAAUUAUGAUGGAAUUCAAGGGAGGUGGCGAUGUACGCUUCUUAUCGAAAGGUUCAAAGGACCCGUAUUUUGUUACUGGCCUUGGAUCUGGGUUUGUCUUAUGUUUUCGAAAUGGUGUAAAUAUUCGAUUAGGAUAUUCGAAUGAUGCUGGUGAAUUUUUGCAAGUGGAUAGCGAGGAGUUUAUACUAGGAAUUCCAGAUUUGGCUGAAAUGAUUGCAAGUGGAAGUUUAUCCGCCGAUAAUCAUAUAAUAGGUGAAAAGAAAUUCAGAAAGGAGUUGGUACGUGAUCCGGAGGCUAGAACUAUGAAAACUCAAAGUUCAUCAGAUACGCUUGUAGAUUACGGGCCUAAUGCAGGUCUAAUUAAAGUGAUUAUGAAAAUUGGAGGUGGUGUGAGAUAUGGAAUGGGAUGUCAAUUUCAUCGGAGUUGCCGUAAUGACCAAGGAACUUGCCCGCGAUGUCGUGGACAGGGUAAUUGUCGUCUCAACGAUUUCAUUCCACAUUACGAAGUUAUCACAAGAGUCCCUGAAUAUGCAUUUUCUACUGAUAAUCAAGUGUAUGAUUCUUUCAAAGGGUUUCGCUCGGAUAUAGUACAUCUGUCAUUUAGUAUGAUGUGUCCUAUAAUUUGGAUUGACGAAGAUGAUUGCAUGAGUUCAAAUCCUAUCAAUAGCAAUAAACAUAAUGGUGAGAAGCAGCAAGUCGGAUCAUAUAAUUCAAUACAUGUCACACCAAAAUCGAUUCAACAUGCUUUGGCUUGGAUUUCUCUUUUUGAUAAUGCCAUGACUUUACCUAUUCGAACUGGUGCUCUUUUCCCAACACAUGAACUCCCAUCUCCGAAGCUUCCAAAAUUUUUGCAUACGUUAAAAUAUAAAGUCUGCUUAGCCCCGUUGUUCUUGAGUUAUUUCUAUAAAGAAGAUGCGCUCGACGAUUGGACCGAUGGACGGACACAAAUAGUCGGCUUAAAGGGAAAAAUUGGACAUUUCAAAAUUGAUAUACAUCAAAAAAUCCAAGAAACGUUUGUACAGGUAGAUGAAGGCAAAGUCAAAGUUCGUGAUAUGACGUUACAUGAGGCAGAGAUGGAUCUAAAAAAUUUGGAUGUACGUGGAAUCGCUGCGCGAUAUGUCGAGGAUUCAUUUUGUGGAGAUGAUGAUGAAUUUGAAGAGAAAGGAUGUAAUGAUCAAUUGGGCAAGGAUGAAGAUUUUGUCUUGAUCAAUCCUGAGGAUGAAGAAUGGGUGGAUGAAGAUGAUUAUAAGGAAGUCGAUUCUUCAUUACCAAAUGUCAAACCAAAAGUUCGCGUGUUGCCAUUUAUGCGUUGUCCACAAUUGAUGUAUUAUAAGCAUGCACCAGAAGAUGACACAGAUGAAGACAAAAAAAUGGAUCAAGAGGCUCACGUUUGUGUGAUGGGUCAAGGACGAGAUACACGUGAAAUUCAAAUUUAUCUUUUAAAGGAACGUUUGAAUCAAAUUAAUCAUGAAAAUUUGAAGCUAGCACAACUUUUAAAAGAUAUUGAUGAAUUGAUUGUCUCGGAUGCAAAGAAUCAAGACUUAAGAGAGCUUAGUGAUGAGUCGCAAUUCAUUAAAAAAACGAACAAAAUUUUGUUACGUAAGCGAAAUUUAAUACAACAUUACAUUGAAAGUCUCGAAGAAAGUCUUAACAAUGAUCCAAAUGGUUUGCCAGAGGAUAAUAUUCAUGGAUAUAAUGCUCCGUUAUGGACCGAUUCACUGGGUCAAUUUAGUCAUCGUUUCGUAAUACAUAAUGCUCAAGUACUAUGGAAUAAUUCGUUACGAAAUCUUAUUUAUAAAUUUUGGGACUUGGUUGAACAACAACAAGGUCUCGCAUAUUACAUGUCAAUGAAUGCUGUCAAGCUUAUUCGGGAUCUACAGAAAAACAACGAAAAAAUAGAAAAGUUAUCUACCGAAGAACUUGAUUCCAAUACAGCAACAACUUCUUUUGAUAAAGAGGCAUUUGAUGCUCAUAUGGCUGCAGAAUUAUUGCGUAAAUUAGUCGGGGAGGAAAAUACAAGUUUUGUGGUGCCAAACGAAGUACCAAUAGUCGCUGAUGAUGUUACUGAAAAUGAAAGUCAUCGGAUAGCGCGUAAAAAGUCUAUGAAUCAAUUUGAUGACAUUCCUGCUGGGUACUCAUUAUGGAAAAAUUAUCUUGUACAGCUUUUCAACACUCAGAUUAACUUUCAAAGUGAUAAAAACCCUUCGGCUAGUAUCAUCAUGUCGUCUGAAAGGGCACAAUUAAAAAGUGUUUCUAUUCUUGAGGAUCGAUUAAAGGGAGAUGCAAAUGAAGUGAUCAAGUCGCGAAUAUUUUUUGGAUUGGAUAAUACUCAAUUUUUUCUCACUUGGAAAAAAGAUUUCAAUAGUGAAUACUCUGAACGAUUAACUGCGAAUAAUUUUGGUGCUAAAGGAAAAGAAAAUUGGCCAGCGUGGGUUCCAGUAGAGGCUUUAUUUAAUUAUGACAAGCAAAGUUCAUUUCCAUUUCAACGAAUUGUAAAGCGAACAUCUGCGACAAUGUUAUAUGAAAAAUUCAAUCAUUUACGUAUAAUAAGUUCUGAUCUGGACCAAGAUGACAAUUCAGAAUCUACUAUAUGGGGUCAAUCACAUGGAGACAAGUUUAACAAGAGAAUUGAUUCGUGUCAUAUUAAUUUCCCACGGUUUAAAUUCUCGGCUACCUCAGCACAAUAUUGUGUAUUUGUCGACAUGGUUGCAGAUUUGCUAAUGUACCGAGAACCUGCCAAGAAAGAACGAACAGAACGUUUGGAAACAAUUUUACUCGCUGCCGAUUUAAAUGAUUUGAGUGGCGCCGCAGAGCUGGUUUCAUCGUUACAGCAGAAAAUUCGGCAAAUGGAUGAAUACCGACGUCAAAUACAGGCUAAUCUAAUGGAAUUUGGAGAAGAUGGCGUAAAGGAAUUGUGGAAAAUUAAAACGGAAUUAUUAAGCUCACAAGAAGAACUUUAUAUCUUAAUGGAGGCAAUUACUGCCACCCAAACGAAGAAAGAAAAAGCUGAAAGUAAUACAGCAUUAAAAGCCGUAGUUACGGCAAAUGAGGUCGUUUGGCUUAUGAAAUUGGAUAAUCGGAGACCAUUUUGUGAAUGUGGCUUAACAAAUGCACAUUUUGUUUGGAUGACUCGCGAAGAUAAUUCAAGCGUAAACACACUAGAAAUUGAUCACUUACGCGUAUUAAAUAAAAUGCCGUCGCCUGUGUUCACUAAAUUAAUUCAACCUUAUAUCACGGAUCCGCAACGACCAGUUGAUUUCAGUCGUCAUAAGAUGUUACGAAUUUAUUGGCGUGAAAGGGAACCUGUUGCUGGAAUUGCUGUUGUUGAACAUUUAGAAGUUAAUUUCUUCCCAUUGAAAUUUCAAAUGCAAUACGAAGUUGGAAAACACAUUUCAGCUAUUAAUGAACAAUUAUCAACACCAACGGAAGGUUCAACAAACUUAUAUAGUCCUAUAUCGUCAAGGCGUAAUUCUUUAAGUUCAGAUGUUUUUAGUACGAAGGUUCCUUCAAAGGGUCUUGCAGAAACGACGAUAAGAGAUGAAAUUUCACUUGUUGAUAGUAAUAGUGAAACAGACAUAGUAUCCAAUGAAGUGAUGUCACCUUCAAGUAAUUUUUCUAGUGUCACUUUCGGGCCAAGCAAAAGGUCACGCAUUGGUUUCACCGCUGAUCAUUCGUAUUCGAAAGAAUCGGAUGAGUUGGCGUUAAUGAAAACGCGUGCUUCUCAAAACAAAACAUUUAUAUAUAUUAAUAUUCCUGGCGUCACGCACAAUUUCAGUUAUCAGGGAGCAAAAGAAAAAAAUCUUGAAGAUCUUUACGAUUUUGUAUUUAAAUUGCCGACGCUAGAGUAUCGAAAUAGAACUUGGUCAUGGCUUGAUUUAUUGGAGCAUUUGAAAAGAGAGAUCCUUAAAACGAUUCUUUCACACACCGGUGCAUUGGUUCGCGAGAAAUUUUUACAAUCACGUCGUGCUCGUACGACCACGCCAAAUAUUGUUUCACCAUCAUUAUUGCCAGUCUACGAGCAACCGAAUCGACCGGAAAAUGUUAGUAAUAAUACUUUGGAUCUGAUAAUGCCAGUUAAUCAAAGUCAGAGUGACGCAGCGUCCACUUUUUCUGACGUGACUAUAUUUCCCGAGAGCGCUAUUGACACUUUGAUCCCUGAAGAAGAAUUAUCAACGGAAGAACAUCUUUCUGAUAGAGGAUCAAUAAAGAGUAAUGAGGGUAUAGGAAUAGAAAUAACAACGUCUCAAACUGUUACCAUAACGACAUCAAAAAAGAAAAGAGGAUUUCUUGGAUUAAGAUCCAAAAAACAUCAAGACAUACACGAAUCAUCUUCAAUUUCAUUUGUUGAUACUCUCCCGUUCCCAAAUGCACGUUCACGACGAAGUAGUGAUGCUAGCAAUAUAUCUCACACUUCGCAAUCAAAAUCAUUAGCUGCAACCGUUUCAUCAGCCUCACCUGUAUCAGAAAAGGAUGAAAAGGAAUCCAAAGGGAAAUUAUUGUUGGGGAAAUUAUACCAAUAA